UCACCCUUGUGUCUUUCACCUCUUUGAAAUGGCUAUUUCUCAUUGUUUGGUUCCUUUAGCCAUUUUCAUGGUUCUCUUUGUACAAGCCAUGUCCGUUGGCACUGAUCUUGAUACAGGAGGUUGGUUUGAUGCUCGUGCAACCUUCUACGGUGACUUUAAGGGUAUAGGAACCAUGCAGGGUGCUUGUGGUUAUGGUGAUCUCUGGAAACAAGGGUAUGGGCUUCAUACCACAGCACUAAGCACAGCCCUAUUCAACAAUGGACUUGCAUGUGGUGCAUGUUUCGAGAUCAAGUGUGUCAACUCCGCUUGGUGCAGAAAGGACGCACCCUCAGUCCUAGUGACCGCCACAAAUUUUUGUCCUCCCAAUUAUACCAAAACUGUUGGUGUUUGGUGCAAUCCGCCACAAAAGCACUUCGACUUGACAGUGUUCAUGUUCACCAAAAUUGCAUGGUAUAGAGCAGGUGUUGUCCCUGUCCAAGCUCGCCGUGUUCCGUGCCAUAAAAUUGGGGGUGUCAAAUUUGAGAUUAAAGGGAAUCCUUAUUUUUUGAUGGUUUUGGUGUACAAUGUUGGAAAUGCUGGCGAUGUUUCUAGCAUGAGUAUCAAAGGUUCCAACACUGGCUGGCUUCAAAUGGCACACAAUUGGGGACAAAUUUGGGAUGUAGGAACUAAUUUGGUAGGACAAGCCUUGUCAUUUAGGGUGACUACUAGUGAUGGUAAAACAUUGGACUUUGUUAAUGUUGCCCCUGCACAAUGGCAAUUUGGACAGACCUAUCAGUCCAACUUAAAUUUUUAGAUCUUGUAUACAAAGAUUUAAUAUUUCUCAUAUUGUAAACUUUUAAAU